AUGGCAAACUUCAGCGACUGUGGCAAGCAUUGCUAUGAGUCCCACAGCUGCCCCAAGGGGCGGGUGGCCACCGAUCGUCGCGUCAUCGUGUGCCCACUUUGCUCUGCGGCGGUUCCGCUGGCGCACGGCGAGGACGAGAACCAAGUGUGGGAGCGGCAUGCAACCAGCGGAAGCUGCGUUCCCAAGCAGGCAACGAAGCCGAACCGGUGCCCCGUGAAGGGCUGCAAGGAGAAGCUCACCUUCUCCAACUCCUGCGACUGUGGUACCUGUGGACUCAAGGUGUGCUUGAAGCAUCGCUUUGAAGAUCAGCACGACUGCUGCCCGCGUCACCCCAAGAGAGGUGGCAAGGACUUGCUGCAGCAGUUCGCACGGCUUGUCAAAGUGAGCUGA